AGUCCUAUCUUCCUUCUCAUCAAAAAACAUGAAAACCAACUUGAAAAGCUCGAGACAGUCGUCCCAAGGGUCGAGACGGCCAUCCCCAACAGCCAAAUUCAAGUGGGACGCCCGUCCUACAUAUGAGACGCCCGUCUCAGGGCCAAAUUUUGAGUGA